AUGAGCGGGGCCCUCGGCUUCGAUCUCAGGGCAGAAACAGACGCCCUAAGAGCCAAGUACAUCGAGCAAGUGGAGAGCGGCUGCCCCUGCCCUCGGCUGCAGUUCGAAUUUGCUUCUUUGCUAAUUUGCUCUCCAAAUAAAAGGGACUUAAAGGACUCCGUGGACUUGCUCACGGAGUUGCUGGAAAUCGGGUUUUGCAGGCAGUGGUCGGACUGCCUGUUCCAGCUGGCGCUGGUGUACUUGAAGUUGGGCCAUUACUCUCUUGCGAAGCGAAGAGAGCCUCGCAACCUAUCAGCCUUAUCUCUGCACAGCCUUAUAUUGGACCGGGCAGCCUACGACGGCGUGAGCGGCUCCCUCCUUCUCGGACUUCUUGCAGGCGGCGCUCUCCUUUACUUUUUUCGGUGGUAUAAAAGCCACUAG